AUGAUGAAGACCAGCCUUUUACGGCAGGCCGCCGCAUCCCGCGUCGCCCUGGCCGUCCGCCCAGCCCACGCUGCGGCGUUGAGGGCUUCUUCGGCUGCCCUCGCCUUGUCUCACACCACCCGGAGUGCGGCCACCGUCUACCGCCCUGCUACUUCUCUCAUCCGCUUCUACUCUAGCGAGUCCGCCGCUCCUCGGGAAUACCGCGACGGUACCCCGACGACUCGCAUCACCCGCUUCGCGGACCUGCCCCAGCUCAAUAUCCACGAACGCCUCGUCUCGUCCAUCACCCGGGGUAUGAGCUAUGAGAACAUGACGGAAGUACAGAGUCUGACUAUCAAUGCUGCCCGUGCCGGCAAGGAUGUCGUUGCCCAAGCGAAGACGGGUACUGGCAAGACCCUUGCGUUUCUCGUUCCUAUCGUGCAACGCAUCAUUGACGUCGACCCGGAAUUGGUUAUGCCCCGCCGUCGCAGGGCCAGCGCCAAGGACAUCCGCGCCAUCAUCCUCUCACCUACCCGCGAACUUGCCGAACAGAUCGGGGUGGAGGCAACGAGGCUCUGCCAGGGGACCGGCGUCAUUGUCCAGACCGCGGUGGGCGGUACCCAGAAGAACAUGAUGCUUCGCAGAGUCCACGUUGAGGGGUGCCACUUGCUUGUGGCUACCCCAGGCCGUCUGCACGAUCUCCUCUCCGAUCCCCAGAGCGGCAUUGAGGCCACCAACGUUACUGCCCUCGUGCUCGACGAGGCCGACCGGAUGCUGGACGUCGGUUUCAAGGCUGAGCUUGAGACCAUUGUUCGAUUCCUGCCGGAUACCUCCGAGACGCCCCGCCAGACCCUCCUAUACUCGGCCACCUUGCCCAAGAACGUGGUUGGGAUCGCCCGCCAAUUCAUCAACCCCCACAACUUCGAAUUCGUCCAGACUGUUUCCGGAGAUGAAACACCUACCCACGAGAGGGUUCCGCAGUUCAUCGUUCCCUGCCGCGGGUUCGAAAAUAUUGGCCCUACCUUGCUCGAGCUGCUCCGCCGUGAAACCCGGAAGGGCUUGGAAGGCCCCGAUGCACGCCCUUUCAAGGCCGUUAUCUUCCUGCCCACCACUGCCUCGGUCCAAUUAUACUCUCAGAUCUUCCGCCGCAUAGGGAUGGACCGAUCCCUGCCCAAGGUUCUCGACAUCCACUCUAAGCUCACUCAGGGGGCCCGUACCCAAGCCGCCCAAGACUUCAGGGACGCAAAGUCGGCCAUCCUCGUCUCCUCGGACGUGUCUGCCCGUGGCAUGGAUUUCCCCAACGUCACGCACGUCAUCCAAGUCCAUCCGCCCCAAGACCGCGAUUCGUACAUCCACCGCAUUGGCCGUACCGGUCGUGCCGGCAAGGAAGGUGUGGGAUACCUCGUUGUGGCCGAUGCUGAGAUACCAGAGGCCCGGAACGAGCUCCGUGGCCUGCCGAUCCAGCGCCACAACGAGCUCGAGAGUGCCACGGCCGAUGCCUCUAGCACGGCCCCGCUCCCCCAGACCUUUGCUGACUUCAAGAACAUUGCCUCUCGGGCCCCCCGAGGCUUGCUGGCCAAUACCUAUUCCGCUUUCCUCGGAAAUGCUCGCAAGAUCCACGACCGCCAGGCCAUGGUCGACGAAGUCAACAACAUGGCCAAGUACAGCUGGGGUAUGGACGAGCCCCCCCCGGCCCCCACAAGCUUGGCUCCCACCUACAGGCGGGUCUCUGGUCUGAACUUUAGUGAUGAAUUCGCGGACUACGGCCGUAGUCGCCACGGUUGGGGUGACCGUGACAGGAAUUUCGGCGGCCGUGGUGGUGGCGGUGGUUUCGGUGGUGGUGGUGGUCGCGGCUUUGGUGGUGGUGGUGGAGGCCGUGGCUUUGGCGGUGGAGGUCGCGGCGGAGGUCGCGGUAUGCCCGAGCGUCGUCCCCGCGACGGCUUCGAGGCGAUGGAGUGGGCUGGCAAGCGCGAGCAGGAGGGCCGCGGCGGCCGUGGCCGUCCCCCACCCGCGAGCUUCUAG